AUGUUUAAUGAAUUCAAACAAGUCGUGGUUGAUCAACGUCUGAAGUCUAGGUUUAAGAAUUCCUAUUUUGAUGGUUUAUGGGACUUGCCAGAACAUAUGAAGUUCAACGGACAACUUGUCCACUAUACACUUCUUCGCCGAGUUGAACAGGACAACAAGCUGCAUGAAAUGUGGUUCUGCAUCAAUGAUAGGCCUGCAUUUUUUGGCCUGAAAGAGUUUGCGCUAAUCACAGGUUUAAACUGUGGGCGUUAUUUUCGUGAUUCAAAAUAUGUCAAAGCAAUGGAGGAGGGUGAAUCUUUUUUCAAAAAGAUUAUGAAAAAGAAGAGUGUAAAUGCGAAGAGAUUGUUGAAGUUUAUUAGAGGUGGGAGGCUGGACAAGGAGGACAAGUUCAAAUGCUACUUGGUUUGGUUCGUGCACUGCAUAUUGCUUGAACGCGACUUGUCAAAAAUCGUGGAUAUAGAAACAAUCAAGAUGGUGGAUAAUUUGAGCUUAUUUGAGAGAUACCCUUGGGAUAAGGAAUCAUUUACCUUGACUCUAGACUAUCUAAAGAAGUGGAUAGACUUCAGCAGGCAGAAGAAGACAUUUGAGACAAAGGGAGUUUCAUCGUUAGCAUUCUACGGAUUUCCCUGGGCAUUUAUCGUAUUUGGUUAUAAGCUAUUGAAAUUUGGAUAUACGAAGCCUUUCCCACGCUCGACAGGGGAAAUGAUGCAAAGUCGGCAUUCAACGGCGAGGGUUGUCCAUGAUGAUAGCAGCAUUAAAGAAGCGCUCCUUGAGGUAGCAGCUUUAGAACAGGGCUCGAUCAAUGCUGAUGAGGUGAUGAUCCCUGAGGUUGCAGCUGUUGUAGAGAAGGAAAAUCUCGAUGAAGAAAAAGAAGGCAUCGUAGAGAAAGAAAAUGGAAAUGAAAAUGACAAUGAAUUUCCGAACUUAGAUGAAUUUCUUAAUGAAGUUACUCAGGAUAUCGACAAGAUACAAGUGGAAGACGAAAAUAUUAAAUGUUUAGACAAUGUUUAA